CUCUCUCUCUCUCUCUCCACAAAUGGAUAUAAAAGAAAUAAUCUCUUAUUGGGAGCUGAUAAGGUAUAUAAGCUGUCAUCACAACAGUUUAUGCAUCUCUUUCAACUGACUUUUUUUUCUCUUAAGUCGCUUAGUUCCUUCUAUCACACAAAAACCUCUCCAUCCAUAGUCUGUAUUAAUCUCUCUCCCAUACCCACCACCCAAAAUAUGAAAGCCAGAUCACUACAAUAGUUCUUUGGAUCGCUGGUCUAAAGUUUGGUUCAUGAAUUUCAUUGGAAUGGCCUUCUUUCCCGCCAAUUUUAUGCUACAAACUAGGCAUGAAGAUGAUCAGCAACCUCCAACCUCUCUUAGUCCAAUUCUACACUCAUGCACUCCACAAGACUUCCAUGGUGUUGCCUCACUUCUAGGGAAAAGAUCUAUGUCCUUCUCAGGCAUUGAUCUUUGUGAAGAACAUAAUGGAGAUGAUGAUUUAUCUGACGAUGGGUCACAGGCAGGAGAGAAGAAGAGGAGGCUUAACAUAGAACAAGUGAAGACUCUUGAGAAGAACUUUGAGUUGGGCAACAAGCUAGAGCCUGAGAGGAAAAUGCAGCUGGCUAGGGCUCUAGGUCUGCAACCAAGACAGAUUGCUAUAUGGUUCCAAAAUAGGAGGGCAAGGUGGAAGACAAAGCAAUUGGAGAAAGAUUAUGAGGUGCUUAAGAGACAGUUUGAAGCAGUCAAAGUUGAAAAUGAUGCCCUCCAAGCUGAGAACCAGAACCUUCAAGCAGAGAUACUGGCACUUAAAAAUAGGGACUCAACUGAAUCAAUCAACCUCAACAAAGAAACAGAAGGUUCUUCCAGCAACAGAAGUGAAAACAGCUCUGAUAUCAAACUAGAUAUCUCAAGAACACCUGCAAUUGACAGUCCUCUACCUACCAUUCCGACCAGCAGACCCCUCUUUCCAUCGUCCAUGAGGCCUACCGGUGUCGCCCAACUCUUUCAGAACUCAUCAAGAUCAGAUCUCCAAUCCCAUAAGAUUGAUCAUACAGUUAAAGAAGAAAGUUUUUGCAACAUGUUCUGUGGCAUUGAUGAGCAAAACGGAUUUUGGCCAUGGAUAGAACAACAACAUUUCAAUUGAAUUUGGCAAGUAUUUCAGUGUUUAGCGCGAUUCGGGUGAGAUUAAUCCAGAGAUCAUCACAAUGUUUUAUGACUUUUUAAAUUCCUGUUUUGGUAAUUAAAUUACUAUUGCAUGUGUAAAGUAGCAAAUUAUAAGUUGAAUGUAAGGUGGGCUUUUCGAGAUCUUUAUGAAAAAAAAUAAAAAUAAAGGGGUAUAUGCCUUUGCUUUCAAUACCAUGUUUUUCAAACUUAAAUAGAUGUUUGUCAGUUGGGUCAUGGAGAAAAUGUUAUGUUUGAUUUUGAUAUGCAAGUGGUUUCAGCUCUUGCAUGGACCAUGAAAAAAAGGGAUUCUGUCCUUACAGUACUGAUCUCUCUCCUUUUUUUUUGCUUUGAAAUCUUGUCAAUUGUACUAGCAAAUUUAAGUGAUAAUAUAGAUG